AUGGUAACAAGUUCUCGUACGGUUCACGAGCAGCUCGAAACCCUUGAGAAGCUAUCCGCGCCAUUUGAAGAACAGAUUUUGGAGGCCGCCACAUUAAUUGGUCUCGAUAUCGAAGAAAAUGGGAGAUUAGCUGAGGAUAGGACUAAAGUUAAGAGACUAAUUAACAUUGUACCAUACAAAAGAGAAGAAUGGUCUUUAAUAUGGCUACUGAAAAAUUUGAAAGCCGAGCCACUGGCAAGGACAAACCCGUCUUCUUGGUGGCUACUGAAAUACCUAAUUGAAGCCCUACCACAGCGAAGUGCUGCCCGAAUCCUCACCAGUAAGGAAUUAUUUGUGACAGACCAAACUCAGACUAAUCGGACGAAAAUAUCGAUUCUAUGUGUAGCCCUACAGCAGGCUCUAGAAGCUACUGAAACUAUCAGUCUGGAUAACAAAAAUUCCGGAACCUCUGACUACAAGAUUGAAAAGACCUCUUCAAAAAAAAGGAAACGAACAAGAGAGCAAAAAGUAUCUAAUUUGGAACCGAAAUUGCUCCCUGAGUUAAUGGAAGCUAUUUUUUCUUCCUUGAGCGCAGUGUUUAAGGCGGGCAGUAAGAUCACAAACUUAAGCAAGACUAACUCAACAGCCUACAUGCGAAAAACUUACACUGCCUCUGACGAAGAAGCUGCAUUUACUCUUGCGUUGUGGGUGGGCUUGUGCGAAAAAGUUAACUACACAAAUGUUCUAGAUAAAUACAAAUUGAAGGACUGGUUAUCUCUAUUUAUAGAGGUUUUUCCAAGUAGAAUACGAUAUUGUAACGAGAGUUCGCUUAUCACCAACUGUAUCCAGUCAGUUCUCUCUCUUAUCCAUUCCCUCAGAAAAGAAGGUCAGGAUCAUUCUUGUCUUACUGAACUGGAACUCUGGGUGGCUCGAAAUGUCAUCAUCCCUUCAAAAUCAGCAUUCGCAAAGGAAAAAACUCCGAGUGUCUUUGAAUCUAUGAUUGGAGCCCCGAUAUGCUCUAACAUAUCAUAUGCUGCAAUAAUUUUUGAUAUCUCUAUUCGAUCAGUCCGUUUUCACGCCAAUAGAAGGCGAAGUGCCGAGGAUGAGAAUUGGCUUUUUACGGUGUUCAAGUCUUUGUAUAUGUCAAUGCCGAAAACCCUCGACUCAAAAAUUCGUGAAACCAUGCACUCAAUACUUCAAUUGUGUUUAGACUACCACAUCAGUCCUGACUCGGAGUUAAUACGAACCAUAACAAACGAAGUAUUGCUAUCAGAGAGAGAAGAGGAUUGGGAGCUAAUUUCUACAAUUAUCACGCUAGACGCUAAUUUAUUUCUGAUACCCGUCGAGAACAACAAUUUAUUAGAUACUCUGUGGGAUAGAAUUUCAAAAACUUCAUUCCAAACCUCGUGUGUCCAAGAAUCAAAGAAUAUUGCUUCACGUAUUCUUGUGCCAUUGAUGUACGAAUUCUCAAAAGCAAGGAGUCUUUCGCAUUUUAUCAAACACUGGUUUUUUCAACUCUCAACAUUUGAAAAGAAAAGAAGGCAAAAUACAACUGCUUCUUUUCCCCUAGAAAGUGCAUGGGAAGACCGCGUGCUUCAACUGGAGCUUCGAAAAUACUUGGAGCCUUCACUGACCAUUCCUCAGAUCCUACAUAUCAUCGACUGGCUAUCUGAAGAAGUCUAUAACCACCCAGAUGCUGUUUGCAUCCUACUAGAGGCAAUCUGUGGAUCAGUUUCAGGCCAAGAGAGCAUAGUUGAUAGUAUAUCAUUACGGCCUUAUCACAUAAUUUUUGACAAAAAGCGAUUUUUAGGGCUGGACAGCCGUCACAAGUGGCGUGCCUGGCGUAUAUUGACUUAUACUUUAAAUUGGGCGAGCCUUACUAUCAUAAACGAACUCGCAAAGCGUUGGAAAACCGAAGAAAACCCAUUUAGUCAACAAAUUUAUUUGGACAGCCUCUUGAUCUUUAAUCAUGAAAAGCUAUCAGUGCUUUCCGACUCCCUUGAAAUCUUCAGAAGUGCUUGCGCUGCUUUCAGUGUAUCUCCAAACGGAAGUGCUAUGGAAUAUUUUAUGAAACCGAUUGUUUUGGAUCACCUUAGGUGCCUAAUCAACGACGCAUGUAUGCUCCCCUUAGUUUCCCGUCCAUUACUUCCAUUGGUAAGAUGUGUUUUUGUCGAGUACCCAAAAUGUUUGAGCCUCGCAAUUGGGUAUAAAGAUAGCUUCAGAGCUAUGCUAAUUUCAAUGUUUAAUUUCGCAUCUGAAGUUUUGUUUAGUCCAAUUGACAGAUUAUCUGAAUGUGUUGAACUCGAGGCAGCCUCAUACUCAGACUUAUGGGUUACUGCCUUACAAAGCGACGAGAUUAUCAGCAGUAAAGAACUUACAGACUUACUUAUUGAAGUUAUGCUUCCUACGGAUGACAAUUCUGGAAACCAAAAUGAGCAGAUUUUACAAAGGACUGCCUUAUCAAUUCUGACUCUAAGCCAAAUUCCUUUUGAGAUACUCAAAAAGGUCGAUCGGGAGCGAAUAAUGGAACUGUCCCACUUUCCUGAAAAAAGUGAAAAGAGAAUCAUUGUGCAAUGGUCUGGGCAGAUCAUGGCUCUAGAUUCAGCUUUACUUUCUCUAAAGUAUAGAAUUAUGGAAAGAUAUCCCGCAUUAUAUAAAGGUCUAAAGUUUAAAACCCUUACAAAAAUCGCCGAUUCCAUAAUGGAGACCGAUUAUCGCCAACUGGAAACCAAUGUUUCCCUGUUGAGGGGCUUAGUUCACCUGAUGUUCACGCAGGCAUUCAAAAAUCUCGAUCACAAUCAAAAUAAAUCUUACCUUGUCGAUGCAUUCACGCUCAUCCGGAAAAGGAUAGGAAAGGCUUACGAAAAAAAAAGGUAUCAUCUCAGCUAUGCAUUCAUAUCAGUUGCUGAAGCUGCCCUUGUUGAGCUACGUAAGAAAUCUAGUAUUCUUGAUCAACAAGAUAUUUUAAGCAAAGAAGGCUUCGAGACUACAACACAAAAUCUCCGAGAAUACACCCUGAUUCGAUUGAAGAGUUCACUCAAUAAUUUCCAGAAAACUUGUGCUCAGACUAAUCAAAGCUCCAAUGGCGAGGAUGCAGGUAUAAUUAUAAUUAUAAAUUCAUUAAUAGCACUGGGAGUCACUGCUGACCAGUUGGCGGAUAUUGAAUCUGAAUCACAGGAACUUCUUAACUCGGAAUCGGAUAUUGGCAGGCGCCUUAACACUCUUUUGUGUAUUUACUCUAAAAGAUAUGAGCAUGAAGAAUUCGGUCUAAAAUGGCAGCGAACCGUUGCACUACGCUCGCGACGAGAAGAAAUAAAACAGGUCACUGAAGCUGCCGUUAGUUUUGAAGACAACGACAGUAAGCUGAAAUUUCUCUCCAAUAUACUGAGGGCAUCCAGGGAAGACUGCAAUGGCUCGGAUAAACUUCUCGCAGUGAGACACUUAAUCAUAUCAAUCGAAGAUACUAAAAUUAAAAAGAUAGACAAUGUUUCUACUAACCUUGCUAAUUCUAGCGAUCAUAUAGAGUCUGAUCUGACAACUGUAUAUGUUCACUUAUGUACUAUGUUACGAAAAAGCCAAGAUCUUUUAUCUUUUUGUAUCAUCAGCGAAUCCCUAGAUAUAAUGCUUCGGACAAAGACCCGUGCAAUUUCACAAUUUUGUAUCGAUAGUACCCUUGGGUCGAUUUCACUUCUAUGCUCGCCUCAAUCUCCACUUCUUCCGGCUUCUCGGGCAGGAACAAUAUACCUCCACCUGACCCAACUUCUACGUAGCGUUCUUGUUCAUCACCGAUUGAAAUUAAAGGGCCACUUCCCUUUACUACAGUUAACCAUGCAAGCUCUUCUACGGUGUCUCUUUCAACCAUCUCUACAUCAUCGCACUUACAUAUUUCAAUCUUCAGCAGCAGACUUCAGUAAUACGCCAGUGUGGCUGACAAAUCCUCAACAUCAACUUUCAUCUCGCCAUGCAGAGUCGUACACCCGGCUUCUGUCAUUGAUCAGUGACCCAAGCGCAUCUUCCGUGCAAGUUAAAAACCGCAACAUUUUGACACCAGCUUUGGAUACUUGGAAACGAACAUCUCUGCUUUUCAUGCGUUUUGUGUUGAUGGACUUUAUUCGAUGGCAGUUAGAGCUACGAAUGCUAUCAAAUAUAAAGGAAAAGUUGAUACCCGGCUUCUACGCUGUACUAGAUACCACAACACCAGAGACGCGGAAAUUGAUAAGUGCCGAGUUAAACUCUAGUGGACGGGCUAUAUUUGCGGGCAUAUACAAAGAUUACCAGAAAUUUGGCAAAUGGAAAGGGUCCUAA